AUGGGUAUGCUGGGGCUGCACCACAGCUGCUCGCCCCCCACAGCACACCUCAGCCGGCCUAGAAGCAGCCUUAUCGCCCCGCCGGUCCACGCCGGUGCUUGCGCCGGCGUCGGGACCGGCGCGGCCUCGGCGUUCGCCGGCACGAGUGCCUGCCGCAGCAGCGCGCUUUCGCGGAACCACAGCCGGCGCUCGCUCCCUUGCGGCUUGGACAAGACAACCAUCGACAACAAGGGCGACCCCGGGUGCACGACCAUCAAGGUGGUGGGGCCCGGCCAGUCGGAUUGCCUGAUGCUGCUGGUCAACGGGCUCUUCUCUGAGGGAUACAAGGUGCUGUCCUCGUCUUACAGCAACAAUGAGGGCAUGGUCGAGUUCACUGUGCGCGUUACCGGCGAGAGCGGCGGCCAGCUGAGCGACGUGCAGGCCUUUGAGGUGCGCGAGCUGAUUGACCGGCUGGUGUCCACCACCAGCAUGAGUGUGAGGCCCGCCAUCUACGGCAUGGUGGCUGAGAGGGAGCUGCAGCGGCUGGCCAGCGCGGACAGCAGCAACGCGGCCAUGAGCGACGCGCUGGACCUGGAGCGCACCGCGACAGAGGUGGCGGUGGCGGCGGCGCGCUUUGCUGCCGCGGAGCGCAGGAUGGCGUCGGCGGCCUCCAAGGAGGACGACUCGAAAAUGGCCGCCGCGGAGAAGGCGAGGUCCGAGGCUGCGUCCAUUCUGGAGCGCUCCAUCGCGGCGAUUGAGGCGAUGAUCACGGGCAGGCGCAUCAUCAGCACCAAAGCCAACGCGCCCCCGGAGGAGCCCAAGACAGCGGCGGAGCGGCUCAAGGAGCAGAUGCUGGGCAAGACAGAGCCCCCUUCACAGCAGGUCGGCACCGGUCCUGGCGCGGGCAACGGCUAUGAGCUGCUGCUGCAGGGCUUCAACUGGGAGAGCCACAAGAGAUCGUACUACAAGGAGGUGGUGGCGCGCGCCAAGGAGUGGGCGGAGAUGGGCUUCACCAGCGUCUGGCUGCCGCCCCCCAGCGACAGCGUGUCGCCCCAGGGCUACCUGCCGCGCGACCUGUACCAGCUGGACAGUGCGUAUGGCAGCGAGGGUGAGCUGCGUGAGGCCAUCAACGCGCUGCACGAGGCCGGCCUCAAGGCCAUCGCGGACAUCGUCAUCAACCACAGGUGGAGGGGGGGGGCUUGGGCACCGAACUCCAGCAGCUGCGGCUGA